AAAAAUAUCAAAACUGUUCAUCAAAUGAAAUUGGACCUGAUCUCUAGUGCGCUAAAUAAGACGGCUUCCACCGACUGACAACCAACAUCUUCUUUGUAAGUCCAAAUCACAAUUUUCAGCAUGUCUUGGUUAUUUACAAGAGAAAAAAAGGAAAAUCAAGAUACUCAGGCAAAACCUGUUGAAAAUGAAGCCUCCUCGGGCUCCUCUGCUUCCGAUAUCCUCUCUCAGUCAGAAUUUGAUCCAGCAAAGCUUCAUCCUUUGGCAGAAUUAGACAAGCCUUUAGAUUAUUUGCUUAUUGAAGAAGAUGCCUUAAGUGCUUUGCCUGGUGAUAGUAUGGCUAUCCCUUCUCGUGGUUGGCAGGACGAUCUUUGCUACGGAACUGGUACUUCAUAUUUAACCGGUUUAGCCGUUGGUGGUGCAUGGGGUUUCAAUGAAGGACUUAAAAAAACUAGAGACAUUACUUCUACUAGACUUCGUUUGAACGGUGUUCUCAACGGUAUUACACGUCGUGGUCCUUUUGUUGGAAAUUCUCUUGGUGUGCUCGCCAUCGUGUACAAUGGAAUCAAUUCCUUCAUUGGCUACAAGCGUGAAAAGCAUAGCUGGGAAAACAGCGUUGCUGCCGGUGCUAUAACUGGUGCUCUUUACAAGUCUACUCGUGGCGUGCGCGCAAUGGCCAUCAGUAGUACCUUGGUAGCUUCCGCUGCUGGGGUUUGGGCUUUUGCUAAGAAGACUUUGACGAGUAAGAAGGAUUGAUUUUGAUUUUUGUUUAUAAAUCCUCGUGAUUUGCAUGUAAUUCCCUCUCGCAAGUCAUGAGAAUCCCCUUUUCACCUCCUCUACCAUAAAUUGAACUGCAUUGUUUCAUCUUUGUAUUUUUACCUUGGUUUUUUUUUUGAAAACAACAUACAAUGAGAAUUUUUUCUUCCUUAAAUCACUUUUGAUUCUAAUCUUUUAAUUGGUUUCAACCUAUCUUCUUGGAUGCUGGAUUUCCACCUUGUUUCUGCGCACUUCCCUUUUCAAGAUAGUUCGAGAGGAAUCGAUAUUGCAAAAAAGUAAAGUCUAGUCCCGAUUGGAGGACCAUUUACAUUCUUUCUAUGGGUUUUUGGUCAUUGGAUUCGACAUACAUGGUAUCCCGUUAUAUCCUACUUUUUUGUUUAAUGAUUGCCAACAAAAAUUGAAUAAAUCGUCUUUAUUCUAAACUUGGUCCUUGUUCCUUUUCCUUUUGGAUCUAUGCAUGUAUUAAUCGUCAAUAAAAUUCCCAAAGCCUUUACGGUUUUACUGAUUACUACAAUCAUCUUCCACAUAUGCACUCAAUUACAUUUUAAACAACUAUAGUAAUGUAUACGCAAAGCUUACAAUGACGCUAGUACACCUUUGCUUCAAACAGUCAUCCGCUUCACGGCUCACUGAUGCCACAAAGCACUACAAGGCUUCUUAUCAUACACUCGU